CCGAGGGUAGCAAAGACCCACGACUCACGUACGCCCGCUACGUCAUGACGAAACCCGGAAGAGCUAAUCAGUACGUGGCCUUCUCAGCUUGAAUCGUCGAGACCGGAGCUCCAUAAUAUCACAGAAUGGAACUCGAGGCCAUGACCAGAUACACCAGCCCGGUGAACCCGGCUGUGUUCCCCCACCUCACUGUGGUUCUGCUGGCCAUCGGCAUGUUCUUCACCGCCUGGUUCUUCGUCUAUGAAGUAACUUCAACAAAAUACACCAGGGACGUCUACAAAGAGCUGCUGAUCUCCCUCGUCGCGUCGCUCUUCAUGGGCUUCGGUGUCUUGUUCUUGUUACUCUGGGUUGGCAUCUAUGUAUGAAGAUUGACUGGCUUUAUAAUAUGACACAUUCCAGUGGAACUACGGGCGUCACAAACACGAGCUGAAUCUGGAUUCAAUUGGACUGCACUGAUGAUAUUUGGGGGUCAUAUGGAGUCUGGUUUUGUUUUCACAAGUAAAGGGGAUUUGUACAA